AUGGCGACUCAUGAUAUCAUUUCGUCUCUGAGCCUCCCGAACAUCAAUCUCUGGGAGGUUGUCUCAGCGGCGCUGCUCUUGUCUGCCGCCUACACUGCAUACAUUGCCUUCGACUCGCAGCGCCCCUAUCCGAACAUUCCGCUCGUCGGCGGCGAGGGUGGCGCGUCGGCGAGCAAGACGCGCUUUGCCCGCGAUGCGUUGGGUGUGUUGCAGGGUGCCUGGGACCAGAGCAAGGACAAGGUUUGCCAGAUUUUUGCCGAUUCUGGACCGAGAAUACUAUUGCCGCCGAGGUUUGUGGACGAGAUCAGAAACGAGUCGAACUUGAGCUUUACCGAGUUCAUAAGACGGGAAUUUCUGAGUGACUACCAAGCGUUUGGGGGCAUACAUGGUCUUUUCAGAGACAGCGUUUUCCAAGAGACGGUCAGGAUCAAGUUGACCCAAGCCCUCCCAAGGCUUACAGUGGGGCUCUCCAACGAGGCCAAGUUGUCGCUGGACGAGCUGUUCCCUGCCACUGACGAAUGGACCGUCACAAAAGAUCCCCUCUACACAACCGUCGUCCGCCUUGUCUCUCGCCUCUCUGCUUUCGCUUUCCUCGGUGUGCCCCUCUGCCGCAAUGAGACCUGGCUACACAUCUCCGCGCAGUACACUGUCGACUUCAUGACUGCCGCCGUCGCCAUUCGCCGCUGGCCACGCGUCCUCCGGCCCCUCGUCUACCUCUUCCACCCCAUCCUAGUGCCGGAGAUUGGAGCACUGAAGAAAAGCCAGAGAGAGGCGUACGGCAUCAUUGAACCAGAGGUGAACAGGAGGCGGCUUGAAAGGAAGAAAGCAGAGAAGAAGGGCGGGGGCAAGGUCGAGAAGCCGCUGGACUCUCUUCAGUGGCUCGACGAGGUUGCGGCGGCAAAAGGGAGCAAUGUGGACACGGUGUUGGGGCAGCUGGCUCUGACGAUGGCGGCAAUUCAUACGACGAGCGCGGCGCUGACGAACGUCAUGUUCGACAUCGUUGCCGUGCCUGGCCUUGCGGACGAGCUGCGUGAGGAGAUCGUCAGUGUGAUGGGAGACGCUGGGGGCGAGGCGGGAACACCGUGGCAGAAGACGACGCUGUACAAGCUGCGUCUGCUGGACUCGGUCAUGAAGGAGAGCCAGCGCUUCAAUCCCCCAAGCGUCAUCUCCAUGAAGCGUGUCGCCCUAGCCCCGCACACGCUGUCAGACGGGACGUACGUGCCGCGCGGUGCAAGUCUCGGAGUACCUGUGCUGGCCAUGAUGGAUCCGGAACGGUACCCCAACCCGGAAACGUUCGAACCUCGUCGCUUCGCCAAUCUGAGGCAACAGCCCGGGCAGGAGAAUGGGUGGCAGUAUGUCACGACGAGUCUGGACAUGUUUGCAUUCGGACACGGCACCCAUGCAUGCCCAGGGCGGUUCUUUGCGAGCAACGAGAUUAAGAUUGCGCUUGUGCAUAUGCUGAUGGGGUGGGAGUGGGCGUUUGAGGAAGAAGGGGCGAAGCGGCCGAAGACGAGGAUGAGGGCUGAUCAGAUGUUACCGGAUGGUGGGGUCAGGAUGUUGUGUAAGAAGAGGGUGCCAGAGGUCAUGCUAUGA